AAUCAGCUGGAAUAGAUAAAAUUUGUUGUUUGUGUACCAAUAAUAUUUAUUAUUUGAUAACAAUAUUGAUGUUCAAUCUCAAAGACCAAAAUUAUAUAGUAUUAAGCGAGUUGUUGAGUGGAGUGUGGAAAUAUGUCGAGUAAAUUAUUGAAAAUUGGCUUUAUUGGGGGCGGAAAGAUGGCCCAAGCCAUGGCAAAAGGAUUCAUAUCAGCAGGUUUAACAAAAGGUGACUCAAUGAUUUCAAGUUGUCAUCCAUCUGAUUUGGCAUCAGCAGCAGCCUUCAAAGAAUUAGGGGCCGAAUCAAUAUUUGAAAAUGUGCCAGUUGUUGAAAAGUCUGAAGUUGUGAUAAUUUCUGUAAAACCUUCUAUAGUACCUGUAGCUCUGGGAGAUAUAAAGAAAGCUGGAAUUAAAGCAGAUAAAUUAUUUAUGUCAAUAGCGAUGGGAGUUACAACCAAACAAUUAGAAACGUUCCUCCCAUGUGAGUCCAGAGUAAUUAGAGUGAUGCCCAAUACACCAGCUUUAGUUAGAAAUGCUGCGUCCGUUUUCGUAACGGGGGUUAAUGCUACGGAAAACGAUGCUGUACUUGCAAAAAAACUACUGAAAUCUAUUGGUACAUGCGAACAGGUGCCCGAAUAUUUCUUGGAUCCCAUUACUGCUUUGAGUGGAUCUGGACCUGCUUAUAUAUUCGUUCUUAUAGAAGCUUUGGCUGACGGUGGUGUUAAAAUGGGUUUGCCAAGAGAUUUAGCUUAUAGACUUGCAUCACAGACAGUCUUGGGUGCUGGCCAAAUGGUCAGGGAUACUAAAGUACAUCCUGGACAACUUAAGGACGAUGUCACUUCGCCUGCCGGUUCCACUGCUGCCGGAUUACAUGUUCUAGAGCAAAAAGGUUUUAGGGCGGCUGUUAUUGGAGCUAUUCAGGCAGCCACUGAAAGAUGUCGGGAAGUUUCCAGUAUUGAUGUGACGAAACAGUGAUCACUUUCUCAAUCUGACUGAUUAGAUUUAGCAAUUGUACGAUAUUCAAAAAUAAAUUUUAUUUUUUUUUUCUUAAAAA